AUGGAUACUAGUCAUAUAGCACCACGGGGUAUGGUUGUCACUCCCCAUCAUUUAGCGACGCAAAGUGCUGUUAAAAUCUUGAGAGAUGGUGGAACUGCUAUGGAAGCAAUGGUCACUGCUGCUGCUGUCAUUUCUGUUGUAUACCCUCAUAUGAAUAGUAUUGGAGGUGACGGUUUCUGGCUCAUAGUUCCUCCUGAGGGCGAUCCUAUUGCGAUAGAAGCUUGUGGAGCAGCUGGUAGUUUAGCUACGAGGGAUUUUUAUGAAGGCUACGAGACGAUUCCCUUCAAAGGCCCUAAAUCUGCAUUAACUGUGGCUGGUACAGUGGGUGGUUGGGAAGAAGCUUUAAAGUACGUAGCUGAAUGUGGCUAUCAAAGAAUGUCUAUUUCGAAGUUAUUGGAGGAUGCUAUAACGUAUGCAGAUAAAGGAUUUGCCGUAUCAUCUUCCCAGGAAAAAGGAAUGCGUGAUCUUAAUAUAACUAAAAAUAUGUUAACAGAAUUCAAAGACACAUUUUUAUCAAAUGGAGAAAUAUAUAAAACAGGACAACGAUUUUAUCAAAAGAAUUUAGCUAGAACAUUUAGGGAACUAUCAGAGAAUGGCUUAAAUAGUUUCUAUCGGGGUAAUUUGGCGAAAUUGAUUGCGAAGGACAUGAAAUCCCUUGGUAUGCCAAUCACAGAAUCAGAUCUUGCAAAUUACUCGCCCGUUAGACGAACUCCUUUGAGAUUACAACACUCAUGUGGAGAGAUUUUCAACCUACCACCGCCCACACAAGGCGUACUUUCUUUAUCUAUUCUUGCAAUCUUAGAUAAGCUACGCAUUGAUGGCAAACAUGAAGGUCAAUUUAUUCAUGCAACAGUUGAAGCUACAAAACAGGCAUUUGUAUUACGGGACCGGUAUAUAACCGACCCUCGUUACAUGAAAGUCGAUGCCCAAUCACUGUUAGAAAGUCACGCAAUUUCCGAAAUGACGAGUAAUAUUAGUCUCAAUGAAAUAUCUACUGUCGGAAAGGGUGAAGGCCCCGGGGAUACGAUUUGGAUGGGUAUUAUGGAUAGUAAAGGAUUUUCAGUUUCAUUUAUACAGAGCAUUUAUCAUAAUUUUGGUAGUGAAGUUGUUUUACCCUCUACGGGUAUUUUAUGGCAUAACCGUGGCGUUUCCUUCAAUUUGAAGAAAGAUCACAUACGAUCUUUGAUUCCAGGUAAAAAGCCAUACCAUACAUUGAAUCCGGCAGCUGCUCGCUUAAACGACGGUCGCUUAUUGAUUUACGGCACUAGAGGUGGAGACGGCCAACCUCAGACGCAAGCUGCUAUAUUUCACAGGUAUGCCGUUCAGAAAAUCAAUUUGCAAACGUCCGUUUCAAUGCCAAGAUGGUUGUACGGGCCGAUAACCGGACAUUUCGAAAAUAACUUAAAAUUGGAAAAUCGAGUUAGUAAUGAAACAAUUGAAUAUUUAAAAAAGAGAGGCCAUGACAUAUUUAUGUUACCGCCAUAUUCUGAGAUAGUGGGCCAAGCUGGCGCUUUAGUGAGACACCUUGAUGGCUUGAUGGAAGGUGCAUACGAUCCGCGAAGCGAUGGUAGUGCAGCCGGAUAU